AACAUUUCAGUUCCCAAACCAUAGCAAUGGUCUCUUCUUUAUCCAUUCAUGAGAAUUUAGCGUCCUAAGAAAUAUCUAAAACUGACACAAUUCAACAAACAUUUGUCUGAAGCCAUGACCAGCAUCAUCCACACCACCUUAAUUCCUGCUAACAACCCAAAGGUGAAUCCAUUGUUAACAGCACUCACAUCAUGCAAAACACUUAUCCAAGUGAAGCAAGUGCAUGCUCAAAUCCUACGCUCCAACCUCAAUUACUCAAACUCGUUCCUUUUCAAACUAGUCCUUUCCUCUUCUGCCUUCCCUUCCUCUUCAGCCUUCGAUUACGCCCUCUCCCUUAUCUCCCAGAUUCCAAACUCGGACACCCAUUUCUGCAAUCAACUUCUUCGUCAAUUCUCUCGUGGUCCCUCGCCGGAAAAGACCCUCUUCCUUUAUCGGAAGUUGAGGAGAAAUGGGUCCCUUCUCAACAGGUUCAGCUUUCCUCCAUUGUUGAAGGCCGUCUCUAAAGUUUGUGCCUUGAAUGAAGGGUUGGAGAUUCAUGGCUACGCCUCCAAGUUGGGCUUCCACGCUGACCCUUUCAUUCAAACUGGGUUGAUUGCCAUGUAUGCAGCAUGUGGGCGCAUUAUGGAUGCGCGUUUGCUGUUUGACAAAAUGUCUCAUCGGGAUGUCGUUACCUGGAAUAUGAUGAUUGAUGGGUACUGCCAGAGUGGUCUUUAUGACCAUGUUUUGAAGCUUUAUGAAGAAAUGAAGAGCUCUGGUAUGGAGCCGGAUGGUAUUAUCCUUUGUUCCGUGCUUUCUGCCUGUGGUCAUGCUGGAAAUUUAAGCUAUGGCAAAGCAAUCCAUGAGUUCAUUGUAGAUAAUGAUCUUUAUGUUGACUCUCAUUUACAGACUGCUCUUGUUAACAUGUAUGCAAAUUGUGGUACCAUGGAUUUGGCUAGGGAAGUCUAUGAUAAACUUUCAUCAAAACAUUUGGUUGUUUCGACUGCAAUGCUUUCGGGGUAUGGGAAACUUGGAAUGGUUAAUGAUGCUCGCUUCAUAUUUGACCAAAUGGUUGAAAGGGACUUGGUGUGUUGGAGUGCCAUGAUAUCUGGGUAUGCUGAAAGUGAUCAGCCUCAAGAGGCUCUUAACUUGUUCAAUGAAAUGCAGCGGCGAGGAAUAGAGCCUGAUAGGAUAACAAUGCUGAGUGUCAUUUCUGCUUGUGGUCAUAUUGGUGCACUUGUUCAAGCAAAAUGGAUUCAUACAUAUGCAGACAAAAAUGGGUUUGGAAGAGCUCUAUCUAUCAACAAUGCCCUGAUUGAUAUGUAUGCCAAAUGUGGGAACUUGGUCAGAGCAAGAGAGGUUUUUGAGAAUAUGUCUAGAAAAAAUGUAAUAUCUUGGUCCAGUAUGAUCAAUGCAUAUGCCAUGCAUGGGGAUGCUGAUAGUGCCAUAGAUCUUUUCCAUAGAAUGAAAGAACAAGAUAUUGAGCCCAAUGGGGUUACAUUUAUAGGUCUCCUUUAUGCUUGCAGUCAUGCAGGUUUGGUUGAGGAGGGCCAGAAAUUCUUUUCCUCUAUGAUCAACGAACAUGGCAUUCCUCCCCAACGUGAGCACUAUGGCUGCAUGGUUGACCUGUAUUGCAGAGCCAAUAACUUGAGAAAAGCCGUGGAGAUUAUUGAGACGAUGCCUUUCCCGCCAAACGUUAUCAUUUGGGGGUCCCUUAUGUCAGCUUGUCAAAAUCAUGGUGAGGUUGAGUUAGGAGAAUUUGCUGCCAAGCGGCUUCUUGAGUUAGAACCUGAUCAUGAUGGAGCCCUUGUGGUCUUGUCAAACAUUUAUGCCAAAGAAAGAAGGUGGGAUGAUGUUGGACUGAUCAGGAAAUUAAUGAAACAUAAAGGUAUCUCAAAGGAGAAGGCAUGUAGUAGGAUUGAAGUGAAUAACAAGGUGCAUGUUUUCUUGAUGGCAGAUAGAUAUCACGAACAAUCAGAUAAAAUAUAUGAGAAGUUAGAUGCAGUAGUUGGUCAAUUGAAGUUGGCUGGCUACACCCCCAGUACUUCAGGCAUUUUGAUUGAUUUAGAAGAGGAAGAGAAAAAAGAAGUAGUUCUCUGGCACAGUGAAAAAUUAGCACUGUGCUAUGGGCUAAUUAGUGGGAGGAAAGAAUCAUGCAUUCGCAUAGUUAAAAAUCUUAGAAUAUGUGAGGAUUGUCAUACCUUCAUGAAAUUGGUCUCGAGGGUAUAUCCAAUAGAGAUUGUUGUGAGAGAUAGGACUAGGUUUCACCAUUUCAAUGGUGGUAUUUGUUCUUGUAGAGACUAUUGGUAAUUAUUUCUUUUUGUUUAGUUGAAAUACACUGUGGCAUAUCUUAAUUUUUGGGCCUGUCAUAUAGGUGUUACGGCAUAUACUUGAGCUUUGUGAAGGUUCCCUACUAUAAUUUGAUCAUUAUUUCU